CCGCCUCCCACGGCUCGCGCACCUCGCCGCUCAGCAGCAUGGGGCCGUUCUGCCGCAUCUGCCACGAGGGAGAGAGCCGGGAGGCGCUGAUCUCACCGUGUCGCUGCGCCGGCUCCGUCGGCCUGGUGCACGUCUCCUGCAUCGAGAAGUGGCUGUCGGCCGCCAACAAGGACUCCUGCGAGAUCUGCAUGUAUAAAUACGUUACUGAGCGGCGGCCCAAGCCUAUCCUCGAGUGGUUAUUGAACCCUUCGAAUCCGGAUGAUGCCAGGAAUUUGAUCGGCGAUGUCGUCUGCUUCUUUCUGUUGACGGCCCUGGCCGUCAUCGCGGCGUACCUCUGUCUGAUGGGCGCGUCCCACUACCUCUCCUACAAGACCCAAUGGGAGGCGACCGGCCUGGUGGUGCUCGGUCUCCUCAUCUCGUCCAUCUACUUCGUAUGGCUGGUGGUCACCUGCCGGUACCACUGCCGCGUGUGGCACGACUGGCGCCACACCCACCAGGACGUGCACCUGCUGGAGAUGAAGCGGCGCUCGCAGUCGACCGUCGAGCUCAACAACAACGCCGCCCAGCUGCCGGCGGCGCUCUGCCCCGGCUGCCAGGGCGGCUCUUACUCGUGCGCGCGCUGUUGCGCCUGCCCCCACCACGUGGUCCAGUUGGAGACGCCCGUCGGCGCCGAUGACGUGUUCGAGGAAGGCGGCAGCGGACCGUGCGCCCCUCUGUCCGGUGUGGACACCCCGUCCGCUAGUCAUGCCAAGUGACAGUGGCGGCUGGGGAUAGGUUGACGGUGGCGGCCCGGCCUCCACCUGGCGGCUGUGGACAAACUCAGGUUGCAUGGGAGAGCAAUAGAUGGCGGCGGAGCACAGUCCGUGGGUGAUGUCUAUAUGGCAUGCAUGCGCAAGUGGUUUUGUUACGUUGAAUUUAAAUGAUUCGAAUUAUAUGCAUAUUUGUUGAUAUUGGCCAUAGGUCAUGCCGUUAGUUGUGAAACAGGUCGUUGAAACUACAAAUAUAUUGAUCUCAAUCCUCAAG